AUCGAUGCCAACGGACCCAUCCGAGCACACUGUUCACUCACUGAUCACACCAACCCAUUCACGUCACCGGAGAAUCCACCUUCAUUGACCUGACUUACCACCUUGCAUCCAGCUCAUUUACUCAUCCUCAAGUAACAUCCAGAGCGCUCACAUUGAACCGGAACUAAGUUGCCGAGUCUGCAGUUGUGUUGCGUAGGCCAUCACUCAAGAUGCGUCAGCGAAUCACCUUUAUUCAUAAGCCCAGUGACGGCGCGCCUCCGGAGUCUCUCGAGGUUAGCGAUGCCGGCGUAAAGGGACCUGAGCUCUUAUCCGUCCGGGAAGAUAGAGUAACCUUGGCCCUUGAGGAGCUCCCCUCUGAGCUAUCCCAGCUUCUGAGUGAGAGUCAUGAGUUGCACAUUAGAUGGGUCAGCCCGUUCGCCUACGACACUAUUGGCCCUUUGGCUUCGAGGUUAUCACCAGGUUUCCAUCUCUUUUAUACGCCAAAGAAGGAGGAGGUCAAGUGGGAUGCUACAAAACUAUGCGCAGCUCUCAAGGAGGCCUUUGGUGGCAGCAGUUGUACAUCGUCAGAGUCGUUCACAACCCUCCCCAACGACAGGUUCUCUCACUCCGCAGCGCUCCAAUACUACGAGCCCCUAGAGAGCCUCGCCGCCUUCAGCCAGUACACAGCCGAGAAGCUCUGCGCGGCAUCAGACACAAACUGCAAGUCUCGCGCUGAGGAUCUCAAGACAGCAGCAUCCUUUGACAUCUCCUACGACACAAUCUCGCACGCCCUCAAACUCACCGCACAGUGGCCCUACGGCAAACACCGCAUCGCCGUCGCCUCGACCUCGAACCACAGGACCGAAGUCGGCAUCCUCACAGCCGACUCCACCGCGAAGCCGGAGCCGCACGAGAUCGGCAUGGCAGGCGGCCUCACCGUCCUCGGCGAGCACAAGAAGCCCGCGCCCGUCCUCUUCAACGUGCCCGCCCGCCACCGGCUUCACUCGGACGUGGCGGGAGACGAGGCAUCGCAUAGUAGCACCACCAGUUCCUUCUCCGCAGCGUUCCUCGAACCAACGGGCCUGCACCCGACGCUGCAGCUGCGUUUCGGCUCGGCCGAGCCGCCGGUGGAAGACGCCUACUGCGCCGUCCACGCGCACCUCACGCUGCCAAAGACCAUUUUCGCGGACCGCUACCAGCUCGCGGACGGCCUAUUCCUCAAGUCCAAGAACCUGACCGCCCUGCGCUACGCCAGCUCGCCCGUCGACCUCGAGGCGCCCGCGUACGCCACGAAGCCGUGGGGCUCCGGUGUUUUGCUUGAGCUUGCGCCGCCUACAACAGAAAAGGGGAAGAAGAACCAGGACUGGACGGCGGAGAUUCCGCUCCACCUCCGCUACCUCGAACCCGCGGCGGGCGGAUACACCGAGGUAGAGGUGCCCUACCCGGCCGUCUUCUGGGCGUGCUCGUCAGAAGAGGGGACAAAGUUCCCGAGCAGCCCGUUCGAGAGGGUGAAUCUCGGGUACGACGCGUUAUUUGGGCCGAGGACGGUAUUUUGGCACGUGGAGCCGCGACCCGUUGUCGGAGGAGGAGACGGAGGUCGGCUCACGAGCACCGUACGCGUGCCGGUUCUCGAGGCCGGGCAGGCAGAGUGGGUUCGCGCCGGGACGGCGGCUGCGGUGGUGGUUGGAUUCGCGUGGGUCUUGUGGAGGCUUGUGGCGGCGUACUCCAAGACGGGGUAUGGAAGGCGCGGUGGGGCGUACGUUGGGGAGAAGAAGAAGCAGUAGUAUGAAUACACAUAUGAAAUAUACCACCACCACCACCUUGCCUUACUGCCUUACCUUGAGGGUAUAUAG